AUGCGCCGCCGCGGCAUACGCAGCUUCUGCCAUGGCGUCGACUCCACGUCCACCAUGCAGCGGCGCCGGCUGGUCGGCGCCGACGACGCGUCGUCGUCGUUCCUCACCGUGCCGCCGUCGUCGACGUCGGGUCAGUCCGUCGGCGUGGCCGAGGAGAGCGGCGGCGAGCCGGCCGUCACGCUGGAGCAGAUGAUCCUGCAGCUGGACCUGGAGGAGGCGGAGGCGGCGGCGGCGAGGAGGAAGGAGCGGCAGCAGCAGCAGCCGCGGCGCGCGUCGUGCGUGAACAGCUCCGACCGCGUGCUCCGCUCGGCGAGGGACGCGCUCAGCCAGUACCCGCGCUUCUCCCUCGACGGCCGCGACGCCAUGUACCGGGCUUCCUUCAGCGACUGCUACGACGGCAUGGGCCUCGCCUCCUCCUCCGGCGCCGGCGGCGGAAGCGGCCACCGGAGGGCGUCGGUGUGCUGCGCCGCCGGGGACGGGAACGGGUACGAGAUGGACCUGGAGCGGACGCUGCGGAUGCCGGCCACGGUGGCCGGCGAGAGCGUGGUGUGGUGCAAGCCCGGCGUAGUGGCCAAGCUCAUGGGCCUGGACGCCGUGCCGGUGCCGGUCAGGGGAGCAGUAGCGCAGCGGAGGGGCGCCGCCGGCGGGAGGAGGAAGACGAGCGGGCCACCGCCGCCGGCUUCCGCUAUCACCGGCGGAAGGAAGCGGAGGGUGAGGAGGACGGGGAGGGAGGAGGAGGAGGGGCUCCCGGAGCUGGAGAAGGAGAGGCUCUUCAUGGCGCUGCAUGGCUAUGACGUGGCAGGCUUGGGCGCGUGCCACGCUGGCGACCUUCACCCCAGCGUGGGGCCCAACGUCAGUGGGAUGGGCAGGGGCGGGGAAGAUGGCUGGGGAUUUCGAUUUCCUCUCUGA